AUGUCUAGCAUCUGCAAAAAAUGCCACAUUAACUUAGUCGAACAACAAUACACCCAAUUCAAAAUAUGUGGAGACUGCCUCAAGAAGCUUAGCGAUGAUGUACCACCUGCCACUACCACCGCCAAUAAUCCGCCAAGUGCUUCCGGAAAUCAUGCAUUUAAUAAUCACAUAUCAGUAGUAGACAAGAAGAGGGAUUCACAGGCACUUCGAAACCACUUUGCUGCAGCAAAAUCACAGCAACGUCAAGGGCUCUCAUCUUUGUCUUCUGCUUCAAAUCAACCAAAAACAACAGCCACUCGACAAUCAUACACUUUCACUGCGAAGUUGGCAAUGUAUCACCGUGGCCGUAUCAGUCAAACAUUCUUUCCUCACCAUGCAGCAAAAAUUGAAAUGACAAUCACUGGAGUUGAAUCUGAUCAGCUUCUCUGGAUCAAAACUUGCCGUCAAAUCUUUGAACAGUUUUCUAAUGAAAUACAAGACAUAAGGAACAACAUUCCAACAUAUCCACUCUUCUUCCAAUCUGAUUACUUCUAUAUCACAUCAACUACUCGUCCUCCUGUUAAAAUCACCGCUGAAAAGAUCAAAGAAUAUCUCAGUAACACGCGUAAUGGACUUGAGCUUAUCUUCGAGGGCGAUAAACACGACAAGGAUUAUCCUCCAGCCAAAGAAAAGCUAAAAAAAAAGAAAGUAACUAGAAAAAACAAACACACCAAAAAACAAAACGAACCUUCAACUUCUGAAGAAGAACUUGAUAGUGUUUCCAGCUCAGAGUCCUGUGUAAAAAAGCGAGCAAAGAAAACUAAAUACAAUGCACCAGCCUCUUCUUCAACCAAGAUUUCAGAUGAUUCCAGCCCAGAAACUCUAGAACUACCAAGCAACAUUCUUACAAUACAAGACCAACACAAGAAGAAACUAUCCGUCUCAACCUCGUCUCAAAAUCAAAAUUCUCAGGCCAAUCUCAUGGCUUUCUUACCUUCAAGUACUAAAACGAAUACAUUCACCUCAAACAACGGAUCAACACACAUCAUUCCAAGUCUUAUACACAACAUACCUAUCUUAAAAACCGACUACAACCACCAAACAAAAUUCACCACUCAGAAAGGUUUCAACUCGCUUCUUACAGUAAACAAUCAUUCUCUCGGUUGUAUUGAUAACAAUAUGCUCACAUUGACAAAUGAGGAAUCCAUUGGCGCCUUAUCCACAUUCAACAAUCUUGGUAUCACGGAAUUUGCCACACCUUUUCCAGUAAUAUCUCCCUCAACACCUUCUACACCGAUCAAGCUUAUUCAUGGACAAAAGCUGGUGCUCAAAGUUGAUCCAAGUACCAAGUACCCAGGUUGGACGCCUGUCAAUUUUAAAUAUCAUGUAUUUACUGAUCAAGAGAUAGGUAGAGGAUCUUGUCGAAUAUGUUAUAAUGCACUUGGUGAAAUGAAUGGAAAUGUUUGUAAGAUGGUUGCAAAGCAGCUCAUAACAAAUGACACUGUUGGAAAAGAACUUCUACAUCCAUAUACCCAAACUCAGCAAGUUUAUAUGGCUGUAUCAAAGUAUUUGAAGAAAUUUCAGGCAGCGUGUGCCUCUUCAAAAGAUAAACCACUCAUAGAUAUAAUCGCAAAAUUACAGGUUGUCAACUCAUUUGUGGCAUAUAGUGGAAAGCAUGAUGAUCUUGAUCCAAAGAAUAUCUGGUUUUUUGAAGAAUCACUAGUUGAUCAAGGGAAAUUCCAGAAAUACACUUCAAAUGUAUAUUUCAAAACACGACAAGUUGGAGAUCCAAUUCACCUAUGCAUUGCCGCCUUCACCCACUAUGUUUACAAGAUUACAUCACAUAAACGUUUGGUUGCUGAUUUACAAGGAUCUGGUCUAUAUUUGACAGACCCGUUGAUCCUCGAUUCAAGGAAUGCUUGGGUUGCUGAAACAAAUACAGCAGAGCAGGGGUUCACCAACUUUGAGGACCAACAUCGCUGUUAUCCACUCUGUUGUCAAUUAGGUCUUCCAUUCCUUCCAAAUCAAUCAUCUUCCCAAGAUCAUGAACAGAACCACGAUAAUGAUUACAUUGCUGAACAUGUCAAAAACGGUGGUCGGCUUGAUUGGAGUGAAAGUAUGGCAUCUUUGAAUAACCUUCUGGAAGACAGAGAUCGGGAUGAAUCACCACUAUAG